AUGGUGGCCAAUCUCGACUCGGUAGCAGCAUUCUACCAGCAGUGCCUGUCCAUCUACAAUACUAGCAUGGCUGUCGAGGCAACUGUCAUAGAGAGAUUGCAGGCUCUUGAGAAGAAGCAGGAGGCACAGGAGGCGAUGAUAGCUGUUCUGCAAGCGGCGCCUCGUCACACAGGUGGGCGCAGGAAGAAGAGGAAGCGGGAGUAUGAGGCUCUGACCAAAAAAGAUCAACAGCUAGUGACCAGACUCGUUGGUUUGGGGGGCGCCAAGUCUAAGAGCGAUACUGCUGUUGACAAGUGGCCCAAGCCCAACAACAACGGGACACCCUUCCUCGACGGAGAUGGACAGCAUGUAUGGCACCCGGACUGGUACGCAAAGGGGUCGGAAGCUUUUCGAGCUUUCCUUAGUGAAGCAGUUCGCACAGUCAUGGAUGAACUCAAUGAAAGUAUACCAUCACUUUCCAGAGAGGCUGUGGUGUACAGGGUUGAAACGUACUUUGACAGUAUAUCUGACAAGAAGAGGGCAAAGCUCAAGGAUGGUCCAGGGCACAACAUGGCAGCCGUUGUCAAGCGGGUUGAGAAGAGGGUUGAGAGUGUCAAAAAAUUCUACCAAGAGCACUACAAUGACUCACCUUUGGGCCGCUAUCGAGAGGGCGUUGCGUUGAAGCCAGCUUUCACCCGCUGGCUUGUCUGGACCGCCAUCGAGUGGUACCAAAAUCACCUCCGCCAAUCCAGGUCAAAGGUGCCCAACCUGGCAUUCAACCUGCCAUGGGCAAAAACCUCCUUUGCAAUCCAUUUCUGGCUUCCUGGCGACAGCGGCAGCGGGACAAACCGGUCAAGAGGAAAAGGUACUCUGGCUGACCAGAUGCCAGUCAGUUGUUUUUGGCCAAUGGUAGAUGAAGAGUUUGUGAGGGCUUGCCGUCCACAAUUUCGACGCUGUUUGCCUGACUUGGACCGCAUACCGGAAGCCGCUCCCUUUGACACCUCUUUGCCAAUGUUGGAGGAUUACCUCAAGGAGAAUCACCACGCGCUCUAUGACGUCGUUUGCCGACACCUGGAGAAGCCGCUGUGUCUCGACGAUGAGGACAUUCAGGUGCUUGCUGUCUUGCGGAGCGAUGCGCCUGAGGUCAAGUACAACCAGAAGCUUGUAGAAUUGCUGGAGAUGCGCCCUUGCCCGUGCUCUCUAUUGGAGGUUGACUUUGGUGACCCGGUUGGAGGUGAAGACGAGGUGGACAUGGUUGACCAGGCAGACAAAUCUGGAGAGACCCCCUGGGAAAAAGACAUGUUGAAUUGGAGAGAGUAG